CCGCUACCUCCGACACCCAUUCCCGGCAGGCCUGGGGGUGGGGAGUGGGGGCUGGGGCUCGAGGGACAGGGCUAAAUGAGGCGGCAAGCCCCGCCUCUCACUGUAUGCUCGCUCCCGCUGCUGUUGCCGCCGCCUCUGCUCUAAGGAAGUCAUGUUACCCAACACCGGGAGGCUAGCAGGAUGUACAGUUUUUAUCACAGGUGCAAGCCGUGGCAUCGGUAAAGCUAUUGCAUUGAAAGCAGCACGGGACGGAGCAAACAUUGUCAUUGCUGCGAAGACCACCCAUGUAAACCCCAAACUUCCAGGCACAAUCUUUACUGCUGCUGAAGAGAUUGAAGCAGCUGGAGGAAAGGCCUUGCCAUGCGCUGUUGAUGUGAGAGAUGAACAGCAAAUCAGUAAUGCAGUGGAGAAAGCAGUGGAGCGAUUUGGAGGAAUUGAUAUUUUGGUGAAUAAUGCCAGUGCUAUUAGCUUGACCAACACAUUGGAAACACCUACAAAAAGAGUGGAUUUGAUGAUGAAUGUCAACACCAGAGGCACCUUUCUGACAUCUAAAGCAUGUAUUCCUUAUUUGAAAAAGAGUAAAAUUGCUCAUAUCCUCAAUCUCAGCCCACCACUGAACCUAAAUCCAUUGUGGUUCAAACAGCACUGUGCUUAUACCAUUGCUAAGUAUGGUAUGUCUAUGUGUGUGCUUGGAAUGGCAGAAGAAUUUAAGGGUGAAAUUGCAGUCAAUGCAUUAUGGCCUAAAACAGCCAUCCACACUGCUGCUAUGGAUAUGCUGGGAGGAUCUGGUAUUGAAAGCCAGUGCAGAAAAGUUGAUAUCAUUGCAGAUGCUGCCUAUUCCAUUUUUAAAAAGCCAAAAAGUUUUACUGGAAACUUUAUUAUUGAUGAAAAUAUCUUAAGAGAAGAAGGAAUAAAAAAUUUUGACAUCUAUGCAAUUAAGCCAGGCCAUCCUUUGAUACCAGAUUUCUUCUUAGAUGAACACCCAGAUACAAUUACCAAGAAAAUGGAAUCACAUGAUGCUCUUCCGGAAUUGAAAGAAGAGAAGUCACAGCCACCACCAAAACCACGUUCUGGAGCUGUGGCAGAAACAUUUAGAAUUGUUAAGGACUCUCUCAGUGAUGAUGUUGUUCAAGCCACUCAAGCAAUUUAUCAGUUUGAGCUCUCAGGUGAAGAUGGUGGAACGUGGUUUCUUGAUCUUAAAAGCAAAGGUGGGAAUGUUGGAUACGGAGAGCCCUCUGAUCAGGCAGAUGUGGUGAUGAGUAUGUCUACUGAUGAUUUUGUAAAAAUGUUUUCAGCCGUAGAAUCUGAGCGGCUAUUGAUGUUAAAGAGCACAUAGUCUUCAGAAGGUGGGCCUUACUGUUUGGAAAACUAAAACCAACAAUGGCAUUCAUGUCAGGAAAAUUGAAGAUUAAAGGAAACAUGACCCUAGCAAUCAGAUUGGAGAAGCUAAUGAAUCAGAUGAAUGCCAAGUUAUGAAGGAAAAGAAAAAAAAAAUGUCGAUCACUAAGCUCAAAAAGUAAAAGGGAUCAACAGUUAAAAUCUGUUUGUUUUUUUCCCUUUCGUAUUAUAAGGAUAUGCAAAUUUGUUUUGGAAAAAACCAUUUCUGUAUCUAUAAGACUUGAAAUUGUAAUUAAAACGGCUAGCUAAUUAAACAUAAGCUUCAUUAAGUGGAAUUCUAAGACAGUCUGCCCAUGGAAUUCUCUGAGUUUUGCCCUCUGAGAGCUAGAUUUCAUUCAUUGUAGGAAAGGUAUGACCCGGUUUAAGGAGUAAAAUUAGCUCUUCUUUAUCUCCCAUGUAAAAGGAGAUUAAUCUGUUUUAAAUUUUUCAGUUUGGGAUUGUAUGCUAAUGAAAUAUUAAUGAUAUUUUAGAUUUUCAUAUACUUGUUUUAAGGAAGAUCUUCUAUAAUGCAUUUUUGCGGAAAUCACAUAAACUAAUAAAUAGUGAAGACUAAUGAAACAAAAACAGUUUUUCAUUCUAACUAGCUUUCCAGGUAUAAGUUACCUAUUAUUAAUGUAAUUUUGCUAAUGUAAUUCAGUAUGUAUCCUCUUUUAAAUGUGUAAAAAUAUCUUAAAAUAAAAUAAUUUCUCCCCAGAA